CUGGGACUGAUAUGAUGUUUAGUGAUAGAUGUACAGACAAGUAUCGUGAAAGAUGGUUCUUUGUAUACGUUUAUACAUGUAUAGUGUCGUCCUCACCGUUAUCUCAAGCCGCGUCAUGAAACCUGCAUUGAGCGAAGACAAUAAAACCUGUUCUAUGAAGAUGCUUGGAAAUGACUUUAGUGCUUACAUGGCUUGUGUCACGGAGUUUGCUCAUCAAUCCAACUGGUUCCCAUCCCCUAUAGCUGGUCUGUUUAGUUACCAAACGUGGAACGGAUAUACCGGGUUUUGGCAGAAUGGGGCCGUACUGGAGCCCAUCGCCAAUUUCAUGAAGUAUGCUGAACACAAGAGAUACAUGACAGUGGUAAAAGGUUCCCAGAGAAAUUUGUACUCCGUAAUGGAAGCCUAUGGUCCGUAUCCAUCUUUUGAUGACAUGGGAUGGUACGGUCUCAGCUAUGCUAGGAUAUAUGAACUAUUCGGACUCGAGGAGUUUCUUCAGUCGGCGAAAGACAUCCUAAAUUGGAGCUGGAAAACGGGAUGGGACUCCUCCGGUACGUGCAAAGGAGGAAUGUGGUUUGACAACAACUUCAAUGCCAAACAAACCAUUACAGACGUCCAGAUCUAUCACUUGGCGGCAAAACUCUACCGAUUAACUAAUGAUACAACCUUCAAGAGUAAAUAUGAAUUGAUUGAAAACUAUAUAUUCGCGAAUAAUUUGAUCAACAGUUUUACCAAUCUUCUAAGUGAUGGAAUUGAUUUAUCAUCUUGCCAUCCUUCAGACGUUGUAGGCUUUACCUACGAAACAGGAGUUAUGAUUGGUGCUCUUUCAGAAAUGUAUAAGGUCACCCAGAAUGAAUCAUACCUUAUUUUAGCAGACAAAAUGGCCACUGCAGCAAUUGAAUAUAACAGUAAUUCUAGCGGAAUAUUAAUAGAAAAGAAUUGUGAUCCAAAUUGCAAUGAUGAUGCUAAAAUGUUCAAAGGAAUUUUUGUUCGAAAUCUCCGAUAUUUCAUGGAUACAGUGAAGGACACAUCUGUCCGUGACAGAUACCAGAAAUGGAUGGAUUUUCAAGUUCAAGCUAUUGUAAAAUACAACAUGUGUAACGAGGACCCCAUCUCAAAAUGUAAUAUCACAUUUCAUGAUGGUCCUCCAUAUUACAAGAUAGCAGGUCCUGUAUUUUCCCCUGACUGGAAUGGUCCAUUCACCAAUGGGGCACCAAUGCAGCAAACGUCUGCUUUGGAUUUGUUUGUUGCAAGUAUUCUUCCAGGCACCAAGUGUUCUGGUGUUUUUUGUAACUAUGAUCCAUAUUUUCCACCACCUCAACCUUUGACCUGCGGAUCACACCCAUUUCCUUCCGAUGAAGAAUGUUGUGAAUAUAGUCCCUUCCAUUCCUAUACUUGUUGUGAAAAAUCGCAAAAAAUGCAAUAAUCAAGGAAUUUGCGAAAAGAAAAUCUUACCAAUGGUAGAAAAAGGAGUUUGGUCAAAAAUUUAUUUGUACAUCGUUGGCCAUUUUCUUUCGCCUUUAACCGAAUAUUUCUUUUGGUAAUAAGAAGAAUUCCUCUUGAAGAAAUAUUUAAUUAAAGCACAGAAAAUUUCAGUAUAUAUGGAUACCCACUACCCACUAUUAUAUAUAAAUUCUGUAUACAUGUAUAACUUCGGUGAAUCUAUGACUGUAUAUUAAAAAGUGUUUUU